AUGUCAGAGGAACGCAAGAAGAAAAGUGGAGCAGCUUGGAAGGCCGAGGAAGACGAGAAAUUAAAUAAAGCAUUUGUUGAACUCACUGAGUACAUAGCAAAUGAAGUGGAGAAUGAUACACAUUUCUUUAUACUUGCUGAACUUCAUAUUAAGCUGUAUUCGUUACAAACAAAGGCACACACUUUGCAGUCCCACUAUAGUGUCAGUCUUACAAGCUCGUUUAGUGCCACAAUCUCCAGCUUGCUUUUUCUGUUCUGCUUCAACGUGCUUGUUUCUCUUUUCUAGUUUGCUUUUUCUAACUUGGACGUAAGGUGACAGGAUUGAUCGAUGCAACUUUGCACUUCAGUAACAUGCACGUGUUAUUACUGUACUGAUUUCAAUAUCAAAUUUAAUUGCAACAAGAACACAGUCCUCUUUCUUGAAUUCUAGUACAUUGUCAAGGAGCGCUCUAUAAAUAAUUGUUCCGUUAAAUUAAUGGGUUUCCCAGAUCCUCUCUUUUCGAUUCUCACCCUAGGUCUACUGAAUAUGGCAACGAUCCCAACUGAUUUCCAUCUUGGUGUGUAGAAACGAGCUGAAACUCAAUCAUGAUAAGACUGAAAUCACUGUAUGCUUAUCUUGGCGAUGUACCGUACUCGUCCACCCAUUAGCGACGUCAUUAUGGGUAAUGCAAGGCCAAGAACCACCACCAACAAAGCCUGGGGGUAGCAUUUGAUGACAACGUGCUGUUUGACGCACACAUCUCAACAUUCUUUUCAGAUUAUCGUUUUACCAAAUCAGGAACUUAUCAAAGAUAAGAAACUGUAUCACACAGGAGUCUAGCGAAAUUGCUGUGCAUGCUUUAUUACAUCUAAAACAGACUAUUAAUUGCAAUUCCUUGCUCUGUGAUUGCAGGAAAAUGCACUUGAAGGAACUUUUAAUAAUAUGUUCAGAACACUGUCCCCAGGAUCGUUACUCGGACUCGUAAACUUUGCGAACCACAUCAUUUAUUUGACCUUCACUGGCUUCCUGUUAAUUAUCAUGUUGUUUUUAAACUUAUUUCGUCAGUUUUCAAAUCACUUAAUAACCUUCCACCUAGCUAUCUAGAGGACAGACUUAUUUAUCUAAGACCUUCCAGGAGCUUGUGGUCCGCAUUUCAGCGGCUCUUAGAACAACCUCGAAAACUCACGGGGAAAACACUUUUUCAGUGUGCCCCCCUAAACUGUGGAACUCACUACCAUUAG